ACCUCACAUAUUUUAGCGCACUCAUAUUUCUCACUCCCACUUCACACACAUUUUUGACUGUUUCUCUCUCUCUAAAGAAGAAAUGAAUUCACAAAUAUGCAAAUCUGCAUCACGAGCAGCUAAAUCACUCAUAUCUAAGCACACUUCUCGUGCGUUCUCCGGGGGACGAGCAGCAGCUGCAGCAGCCGCAGUUUCUUUGAGAGGAGUGGUUCCUUCUCUAGCUUCAUACGGCAGGACUGAAUCUGGAAACACUUCUAGAGCUUGGAUUUCUGGUUUCCUUGCCCUUCCUGCAGCAGCUUACAUGCUCCAGGAGCAAGAAGCACAUGCUGCUGAGAUGGAGCGCACCUUUAUUGCCAUCAAGCCAGAUGGAGUGCAGAGGGGCCUGAUUUCAGAAAUCGUAUCACGCUUUGAGCGCAAGGGCUUCAAGCUGGUUGCAAUCAAAGUUGUGAUUCCUUCCAAGGAAUUUGCACAGAAGCACUAUCAUGACUUGAGUGAGAGACCAUUCUUUAACGGCCUGUGUGAUUUCCUUAGCUCUGGCCCUGUCUUAGCAAUGGUUUGGGAAGGUGAAGGAGUAAUCAGAUACGGAAGAAAGCUUAUUGGAGCUACGGAUCCACAGAAAUCUGAACCUGGAACCAUCAGAGGUGACUUAGCUGUUGUAGUUGGAAGGAACAUCAUCCAUGGUAGCGAUGGCCCUGAGACCGCGAAGGAUGAGAUCAACCUAUGGUUUAAACCAGAAGAGUUGGUUAAGUACACAAGCAAUUCAGAGAAGUGGGUUUAUGGUGACAACUAAGUUAACAUAUUUUGCCUUAAAAUCUAAAUUGCCAUUAAAUAGGCAUGGAGAGUAGCAAACUCAAAAUUAUCAGAAUAAAUCGGAUGCAUUUUUCCUUAGGCGAGUAGCAACUUUACAUUUAGUAUACUGUUACUUGAAUCACCGCAAUAAUCAUUUGUACUGAGAUAUUGAACCCCAUUUUUGUUGAACUUCUUUUUUCUUGUUCCCAAUGGGAAGAUCAGUUGCAACUGUUGGUCACAUUAUAA